CAAGUGUUCAGCCCCUGACUGACCCAGCGAGAUGCACGAGCUCCGGGCAGCGUUCAGUCCAGGGGAUGCAGGAGCUCCGGGCAGCGUUCUAUCCCUGAAUGCACCCCGAGGGAGACACGAGCUCCGGGUACACUGCAUAGCUGGAAAGAAUGGUGGACCUGGAAAACGAAGUGCCUCCUCUUCCUCCAAGGUACAGAUUUCGUGAUUUGCUCCUUGGAGAUCAAGGUUGGCAGGCAGAUGACAGGGUACAAGUCGAAUUUUAUGUGAAUGAAAAUACAUUCAAAGAACGUCUCAAGCUGUUUUUCAUAAAAAACCAAAGGUCAAGCCUAAGAAUACGUCUGUUCAACUUUUCUCUCAAGCUCCUCAGCUGCUUAUUGUACAUUAUUCGUGUCUUACUUGAUGAUCCCAGAGAAAGAAAUGGAUGCUGGGGCUGCUCCAAUCAAAGCCACAAUGUCACAUACAUUGAGCGGUCCCCUAUAAUUUGGGUAGAUAGGAGUCUUCCCUUGUGGGGUUUACAGGUUACAGUGGCCUUGAUAAGUUUCUUUGAAACAAUGUUGCUGGCUUAUCUCAGCUAUAAGGGGAACAUUUGGGAACAAAUUCUACGAAUAUCCUUCAUCCUGGAGAUGAUCAACACCGUGCCCUUUAUCAUCACAAUAUUUUGGUCUCCAUUAAGGAAUCUAUUCAUCCCAGUAUUUCUGAACUGCUGGUUAGCCAAGCAUGCCCUGGAGAAUAUGAUUAAUGAUCUUCACAGGGCUAUCCAGCGAACCCAAUCUGCUAUGUUUAAUCAGGUUCUUAUACUUAUAUCCACUUUACUGUGCCUCAUUUUUACCUGCAUCUGUGGAAUACAACAUUUGGAAAGAGCAGGGAAUAACUUGACCCUGUUUGAUUCACUUUAUUUCUGCAUUGUCACCUUCUCUACGGUGGGGUUUGGGGAUGUUACACCCCAGAUCUGGCCCUCCAAGCUGUUGGUAGUCAUCAUGAUCUGCGUCGCCCUUGUGGUGUUGCCUAUUCAGUUUGAACAGCUGGCCUAUCUGUGGAUGGAGAGGCAGAAGUCAGGAGGAAACUAUAGUCGUCAUAGAGCUCAGACAGAAAAACAUGUUGUACUAUGUGUCACCUCUUUGAAGAUUGACCUGCUAAUGGAUUUUUUGAAUGAAUUCUACGCUCAUCCCAGACUACAGGAUUACUAUGUAGUGAUCCUUUGUCCUACUGAAAUGGAUUUACAGGUUCGAAGAGUGUUGCAAAUUCCAAUGUGGGCACAAAGGGUAAUUUACCUCCAGGGGUCAGCGUUGAAGGACCAAGAUCUUCUGAGAGCCAAAAUGGAUGAUGCUGAAGCCUGUUUUAUCCUUAGCAGUCGAUAUGAAGUUGACAGGACAGCUGCUGAUCAUCAAACCAUCCUGAGAGCAUGGGCUGUCAAAGACUUUGCACCAAAGUGUCCCCUCUACGUUCAGAUACUGAAACCGGAGAAUAAAUUCCAUGUCAAAUUCGCAGAUCACGUUGUAUGUGAAGAGGAAUUCAAAUAUGCCAUGCUGGCACUGAAUUGCAUCUGUCCAGCCACGUCAACACUGAUUACUCUGCUGGUUCAUACCUCCAGGGGACAAUCGGCACCAUGGGAGGCAUUUAGACAACUAACUGGAACUAGGCAGACUCAAACCAGGGAUGGCCACCAAUCCCAUGAACAGUGGCAAAAGGUUUAUGGCAAAUGUUCAGGCAAUGAAGUCUAUCACAUUAAGAUGGAAGAGAGCACAUUCUUCACAGAGUUUGAGGGGAAGAGCUUUACUUACACUUCCUUCCAUGCACACAAAAAGUAUGGAGCCUGUCUGAUCGGUGUGAAGAGGGAAGAAAACAAAAAUAUUUUACUUAAUCCAGGUCCGCGGUACAUCAUGAGUUCCACAGACAUCUGUUUUUAUAUCAACAUUACUAAGGAAGAAAACUCAGCUUUUAUAAAGCAAAAUGAACAAAGCAUAAAUAGUAUAUCAAAUACUAUAUAUCACGGAGCUUCCAGAUUACCUGUUCACAGCAUCAUUGCUAGUAUGGGCACAGUAGCCAUAGACCUCCAAGACACAAGGUGUAGACCUCCAGCUGGUCCUACCUUGACACUUCCUUCAGAUGGAGCAAAAGAAAACAGAAGGCCCAGCAUUGCUCCUGUUUUAGAAGUAGCUGAUGUUUCAUCAAUCCAAGCCUGUGACCUUCUAAGUGACCACUCGGAGGAUGAAGCCAAUCAUUCUGAUGAGGAAGUAUCAUCAGCACCAGAGUAUGUUAAAGGAUAUCCUCCAAAUUCGCCUUAUAUUGGAAGCUCUCCAACCUUAUGUCACCUACUGCAGGAGAAAGUCCCGUUUUGCUGUCUGAGAUUAGAUAAGGGGUGCCAACAUAAUUACAAUGAAGAUGCAAAAGCGUAUGGUUUCAGGAACAAGCUAAUCAUUGUUUCAGCAGAAACAGCUGGAAAUGGAUUGUACAAUUUUAUUGUUCCUCUUAGAGCUUACUACAGACCAAAGAAAGAGUUAAAUCCCAUAAUAUUGCUUCUGGAUAAUCCGCCAGAUGUACAUUUUCUGGAAGCAAUCUGCUGGUUUCCAAUGGUUUACUACAUGGUUGGCUCUAUUGACAACCUAGAUGAUCUACUAAGAUGUGGAGUGACAUUUGCUGCCAAUAUGGUUGUGGUAGACAAAGAAAGCACAAUGAGUGCUGAGGAAGAUUACAUGGCAGAUGCCAAAACGAUUGUAAAUGUGCAAACGCUUUUUAGGUUAUUCUCCAGUCUUAGUAUUAUCACAGAAUUGACACAUCCAGCCAAUAUGCGAUUCAUGCAGUUCAGGGCUAAAGACUGCUAUUCACUGGCUUUGUCUAAACUUGAAAAGAAAGAACGUGAAAAAGGUUCCAAUCUCGCAUUCAUGUUCCGUCAACCAUUUGCCGCUGGGAGAGUCUUCAGCAUCAGCAUGCUAGAUACACUGCUGUACCAGUCAUUUGUGAAGGACUACAUGAUCUCCAUUACAAGACUGCUUUUAGGACUGGAUACCACUCCAGGUUCGGGAUUUCUCUGUGCAAUGAAAAUCACAGAGGAUGACCUAUGGAUCAGAACAUAUGGCCGGCUUUACCAAAAGCUUUGCUCCUCAUCAGGGGACAUUCCUAUUGGUAUUUAUCGCACAGAAUCACAAAAACUCACAACAUCAGAGUCUCAAGUAUCCAUUAGUGUCGAGGACUGGGAAGAUACAAAAGAUACCAAAGAGCACAUGAGUUAUUGCACCAAUCACUACCACCGGAACUCGACGUCCAGUGACCAAUCAGAUCAUCCUUUACUGAGGCGUAAAAGCAUGCAGUGGGCAAGGCGCCUUAGCCGAAAAGCACCAAAACACUCUAAUAAAGUAACAGAGCGGAUUAAUCGUCAGCGCAUGACGUUAUGCAAAAGGUCGGAGAGACAAGAACUGGCUGAACUAGUAAAAACCCGAAUGAAGCACCUCGGCCUUUCAACGACAGGAUAUGAUGAAAUGAAUGAUCACCAGAACACGCUGUCAUAUAUUCUCAUCAAUCCAUCACCAGAUAUGAGACUGGAACUGAAUGAUGUUGUCUACCUGAUCCGGCCUGAUCCUUUGGCUUAUGUCCCAAACAGUAAGCCCAGUCUCAAGAUCAGUGUCUGUAACAAUAGUGGGGGUGGACAGGACACAAAGGAUGACACACAGCUUUAAAUAAUCACUCGAUGUUUUGCAGAAAAAAUGUGUCAAUGCAAGCAUUCAACAAGAAGUAUUACAGUUUUCAGCAUCCCAUUAGUAAAUUGAAUAAGAAACCAACAGGACUGUGUUAGAAAAUUGCUGAAAACACUGUUCGCUAUGACUAAAUCAAAUAAACAAUGAAUGACAUAAUGCUGAGCUGAUCGAUCUGACUCACCGCUAAAGUCAAAGAAUGGUUUGAACAAGCUUGGAGCUUUUCGUCAAUACCUAGCCUGUUAUCAUAUCAUCAUGGGCCUGUUUCUUAAAAUGUCAGUAAUAACAUUGAAAAUGCACAUAAUAGAGAAGAUACACAGUGAAAUGAAUUCCACUUACAGAUGUCUGUCUAUUGCAGGUUUAUUAAAGACCAACAGCUAAUUAGUCCUCAAUUAAUAUACAGUGGUGAUUUAACUCCAUCAAAAGGGGGGAGAAAAGGGGUCAACCUGGAAGAUGACAUGCAUGUGUUAACAUGCAUUAAUACCAAAAGUUAAUUUAUAAGUAAUUCCACACAUAAGAGUAAAUUCAAAUAUUGAAAGAUACAGAUUUCCAUAGUUUGGCCUUUCUGGUUUACAUUUACCAAAACAAUUUUACUUAAUUUGAUUAAUGACAAAAGUAUCUUAGACCAGUGAGCAUCUAGGUCAAAACUCUUGUACUGAGUAUUGGGGAGGGCAGGUUGAGAUUUUUAUACCUGUUCUAAUUUCCCAUCUCCUGUUCCCAGCUCGUUCCGCAGGCUCAGGCCUUGUUUGUAACAAUGCUGGGAUCUGCAAAGAUCACAGUUGAAUGUAACCACAGUAUAAUGGAGUACAGAAUCAUUUAUUAACACUGAUAGAAGAGUUUUGAAGCUGUUGAAAUGUUGAGUCUCUGUAAUACAGCUUAUCAUUUUGCACCACCCCCUCCCCCCAUCAUUACUGAUUAUGACACGAAGAAUACAGACAUACGCACUGUCACUAAUUCUGAAUACAUUUUCAGUACAUGCAAACAAGUAGAGGGCACCCAGUGAAAUAUGUUGCAAAUUAUGCUGAUUAGUGUGAGCAUUGGCAGAUAAAUUUUAGCCUUAUGUGCUUGAUUGAAUAUUGUUAGGACAGGGCCUAUUUGUGUUUUUAAAGGGUACACCCUCGGAAAAGGAUGACCUUUAGUUAAGCAGUUAUCAAAUAUAGCUAAGAAUUCAAUUGAACAUAAAACUAGCUGCAUUUCAUUGAAGUUAUAGGGGGUAACGUAGGCUAGCUGAAAUGGAAUAUUAGCUGUUUGCAAUUUAAUCUUCUUUAAUAUUUGUAGCAGAAAUACUCUUGAUCAUGUUUCCCAUUGAAUAAACUUAAAAUAUGGUAAUUUUUGGAAAGGAAAUGGAAAGUUAUAAUAUAUAUUAUGGUAUAAAUAUUAAGAAGGAAAACAGUUUUCUACAGCUUAUGUGGCUGAGUGAGCAAAAGGUAACGUACCACUAUGAUACUGAGUCGUGUAGAUCAGAACAUCCCAGGCUCAAUCCCUGACAGACAAAUUGUUAAAACUUACUGAUAGCUUCAUGCAUAAACAAAUGGUGCAAUACUGAACCAGUCAGACCUAUAGACCUAUGGUAAAUAGUAUAUUAGCUGAUCAGCAUACAAAGUCAUUUGAAUAAUGCAAUUCACUACGUUGGUCCAAGAUUAAAGAGGACAAAUCAGCUAUGAACCUUCUGCUGAUGAAUUGAUCACUAAUUCUGUUGGAAAAUGCCAGUAGUUAGUGUCAGGUAUAUACAGGAUUGGAUUUGGAUGUGAUGCCCUCAGCAGUUGACUAAACUAUUCAUCAUUCAUGUUUAAGUUUAUUCAUUAUGGAUUGCCACUUACAUAAGGAAACGUAGGGCCACUGUUAACCCUCGAACAUUACCUGAGCAAGAGUGAAUUAUUUUAGAGGGUAUGAGGGAAAACCUAAUGCAUUUUAACUGAUUGUUUGACUUCAAGAAUAAGCGAAUUUCUUGUUGUUGUUAAAUCCAUUUUAACAGAUGUUGGGUAGAAUGUUCACUGUCAGGUUGGACCCACUUGGAAAGUGACAGUUUAAGAACACAGUAUUGUUUAUUUGUUUUCCCUCAUUGACUUUUGAGUGUAGCUUUCACAACAUAUAUACCUCCUACAAAUUGUAUUUUUGAUAAAUUCCUAUCAGAAAUACAAGGAUAGCAUAUUCUAUGAUCAUCAGGAAAACUGCUUAUAAAAUCCUGAUGUUUCCACUAAUCCAUAAGCUUACAAUGUGAUUGCGUGCAUCACACUGCAAAGGAAGAUUUGUCACACAGAAGUAUUACAAUUUGACAACAUACCCCAUAAGAAGAAAGCAGUUGUAGGCUUACUUAUCUUUGAAAACCAAAGGAACUUUAAAAUGGGAGUUCAGCAGGGAUUUGAAUCAUGUUUUUGUUGAAGGGAAUAUUGAACAAGAUGAGCUAAAAACAGAGGCAUUCAAAGUUUCAUACAUCUGUCCCCUGAAGGUGGUUGGCAGUUGUAGGGCCAUGAGAUGCUGGAAGAUAGCUUGCUUGCACUGAAUGAUUUACAGGCCACAAAGUAUGGCGAUUGGCAUCUAUGUUUAUAACAGUAUGGGUGUCCUUUUGAGUCUAAAAUAACAGUGCUUAUGCUCAUUCUUUUGAUCUGAUGGCAUUGAGUUCCAUUUUGACACAGGCUCUUUUGUGGGCACAGAGAAUGUGCACAGCGCUGUGCCAGUUGGGAGGCUUGUUGUACCAACCUGCACUUUUGACAUGGAUUUGAAGGCAGCACAGCCAUUUUCCAUCCAAAUGUAUCAACUGGAUGCUUUCCAAUCAACCUGUUCAGAGAUGUUAUUACUUACUUCUGGAGGUGGUGGGACUUGACCCCAGACCUCCAGGCUCAGAGGUGAAGAUUCUGCCCUUGCACCACAAGAACCCCACUCCAAAUGCACCAACUAAGAUAAUCUCUGAACCUCACAGGGUUGAAUAUACAGUUAGCAGUAGAAAGGGCAAAUCAACAGGGCUGAAAGGAUGAUAACUACUUUUAGGUUUGUUGUUGCUUAAUUUCUACAGGUUAAUCCUGAAACAGUUUGGUGAUUUUUCACAGCUAGCAGAGAGACAAAAGUACAGUGCUAUUAUCACGAGAUCAGUAAUCCAGAAACCCAGGUAAUGUUCUAGGAUUGGGGUUGGAAUCCCAUUUCAGUUCAUUAAAACAAUAAUCUGGAAUUAGCAGUGUAAUGAUGAUCAUGUAACCACUGUUGAUUAUUGUAAAAAACUCAUUGGUUCACUAAUGCAUUUAGGGAAGGAAAUCACUUAACUUUAUUUGAUCUUGCCCACAUAUAACUCCAGACCACAGCAAUAUGGUUAACUCUUCUCUGCUCUCUGAAAUGACCAAACAUGCCAUUUAGAUAUAUCAAUGUCUAAAAAGUCUCAGAAAAGGAAUGAAACCAGAUGGACCACCUUAACUUGAGCUAGGUACCAGAAAAGACAAUGCCAACACAUUGAGGAGACAUGCUAUCAUGUCAUAUGGGACUAUCACCGUGCUAAGUGGAAUAGAUUUGAAACAGAUCUAGAAAGUCAAAACUUACCCAAAAAUGUGGAAAAUUGUCUGUGUUCUGUACACAGAAAGCAGGACAAAUUCAACACAAGCAAUUACUACUUCAGUCUACUCUUGAGCAUCAGUAAAGUGAUGGAACAUAUCAUGAACAGUGUUAUGAAGCACCAUAGCAAUAACCCGCUCAGUGACACCUAGUUUGGGUUUUGCCAGUGCCACUCAGCUCCUGACCUCAUUACACCCUUGGUUCAAAUGUGGACAAAAGAGCAGAAUUCCAGAGGAGAGGUGAGAGUGACAGCCCUUGACAUCAAGGCUGCAUUUGACCAAGUGCGGCAUCAGGGAACCCUCGCAAAUCAGUUGGAAUCAGUGGAAAAACUCUCCUGUGGUUGGAGUCACACCUGGGGCAGACAGAAAGAUAGUUGUGAUUGUUAGGAGUCAGCCAUCUCCAGCACAUCUCUGCAGCAGUUCCUCAUCGAACUGUCCUGGGCCUAAGCAUCUUCAGCUGCUUCAUCACUGACAUUACAUCCAUCAUAAGUUCAGAAGUGUGGAUAUUUGCCAAUGGCUCCACAAUGUUCAGCGCCAGUGUUCCCUCUAAUUUUCAGCCUGGCUGCACCAGCCUCUGAGCUCCGUCCCUGGCAACAACUUCCAGAACCAGAAGUUAAUGCCACAAGCAGCAUGCCAAUGCCAGUUGCCAUGUGUGGAACAUCACGCAGCUUAAAGGAAAUGUUGUUCAGCGCCAUUCACACCCUCUCAGACAGUGGGAUACUCAGUCCAUGUCCAAAUGCAACAAUGUAUCAACAAUAUCCAGCAUUAGGCUGACAAGUGGCAAGUAAUAUUCACAACAGCCAGGCAUUGACCAUAUCAAACAACAGAGACUCUAGCCAACACCCAAUGAUGUUCAAUUGCAUGCCCCACUGUCAAUGUCCUGGGGGUGACCAGAAACUGAAUUGGACUAGUCACAUAAAUACUGUGACUAUAAGAGCAAAUCAGAAGCGAGCAUUACUCACCUGCAGUAAGUAACUCUCCUCCUGACUCCCAAAGCCCAUCUGCCAUUUAUGAGGCAAGAGCCAGGAGUAUGAUGUGAUCCUGUCCACUUGCCUGGAGGAGUACAGUUCCAACAUUACUUGAGAAGCUUGAAACCAUCCAGAACAAAUCAA